UGCGCCGCGUCGGCCGCCCCGUGUGACGCGUGUGUGUCCCGCCGCAGGAUCCCCUGGUUCCAGUACCCCAUCAUCUACGACAUCCGGGCCCGGCCACGCAAGAUCUCAUCUCCCACUGGCUCCAAAGACUUGCAGAUGGUGAACAUCUCCCUGCGUGUUCUCACGCGCCCCAAUGCUGCUGAGCUACCCAGCAUGUACCAGCGCCUGGGCCUGGACUACGAGGAGCGAGUGCUGCCUUCCAUUGUUAACGAAGUGCUCAAGAGCGUGGUCGCCAAGUUCAACGCUUCACAGCUCAUCACUCAGAGAGCCCAGGUGUCCCUGCUUAUUCGACGAGAACUGACAGAGAGAGCCAAGGAUUUCAGCCUCAUCCUGGAUGAUGUGGCUAUCACAGAGCUAAGCUUCAGUCGUGAAUACACAGCAGCUGUGGAAGCUAAGCAAGUGGCCCAACAGGAGGCACAGCGCGCACAGUUCCUGGUGGAGAAGGCCAAGCAGGAGCAGAAGCAAAAGAUUGUUCAGGCUGAAGGGGAAGCUACAGCUGCCAAGAUGCUCGGUGAAGCUCUGAGCAGGAAUCCAGGCUACAUCAAGCUACGUAAGAUCCGAGCUGCUCAGAACAUUUCAAAAACGAUUGCUGCUUCACAAAACCGUGUGUAUCUCACAGCAGAUAACUUGGUGCUGAACCUGCAGGAUGAGGGCUUUACCAGAGGAAGUGACAGUCUCCUACUCAAACAAGGGAAGAAAUGAAAGAACUAAAGCUUCCUAGAACCACUGGCACUGACCAGCAGAAGAUGCCUGUGAGGAGCUUUGAAUUCCUUCUACUAGCAUCAUUUGCCCUCGUUUUGGAAUCCUUAAUCCAGUAGCUGGGUUCGGUUCUCCUGCCCCAGCUCGGUCUGUGGUGACCUAGCUAUGGGAUUGGGCUUUACCACUGGGCAGCUGUAAUCCCUUCCUUACCCCACCAGAUAAAUUUACUUACUGGUAUGAGCCCAUGUGGAUCUAGUAAUUCACCUCUAAUCUUCACUGAUGUUUAGAUUUCUAUACAGUAGACUCAGACCUUCUUUUUUUUUUUUUCUUUCUCUCUCUCUCUUUCUCUCUUUUUUUUUUUUUUCCCCCCAAGUCAGUGAGUUCUGCUGCCAUCACCACCAGGCUUUUUUCUAGUAAGUCUUGUUUUUCUUUCCCUCCUGAUCACAAGAGAACCUGAAGCUAAGCUCAAGAAAGUGUAAUUAACUGGGCACCUGUAACUGCUGGAAAACCUAUUUGUGUCACUAUCUACUCAGUGAUUCUUUCAAACAUUUGUAAAAAUUAAAACAAAAAGAAAUUA